AUGCGGAAAGCUGACACGGCGAUCCCGCUCAUGCUAGGGAAUCUUCGACAAGAACUUGAGGAAGAGAGAGCUCUCCUCCGCUAUCGAUGCCGCGAGGGAGAUCCGUAUGGUGUCUUCCCUUCCCUGCGCAAGCGGACGCGGAAGCAGCGGGAAGUCGCUCAACUCCUCCAAUCUUCAAUCGACAAGAUCUGGCAACAAUUCAAGAAUAUUGAACGUCCGUUUCUUAUAAGAAAUCCGCUGCGCGCAGAGCAGGUCCAAAAAGGCGACUACUGGGGUGAAAGCGAUAUCGAAGAGAAACCCCGUGCUAGACCGGACAAGACCAGGACAAGGGACCGGGUGGAUUUGGCCGAAGCUGGAUUUGCUCCCGACCAACAGCCUCGUUACUACCGGACCGACCUCGCUCAUCGCUUCAUCUGGUGGCAAAGUAAAUCAGCUGUCGAGGACAUGUUGAAUCAAGUUCAACGUAUUCAGAUCCGCAGGGUCGAGAGAGAUGUCUUUGAAACCGAUGAACUGGUCAAGCGGUGCUUGAACAAGUUGACAGGCCCAGCGGGUCGUGGAAGAAGCGCACGUGGCAGCUCUAGCAGCAGUGGAGGUGGAGGUGGCAGUGGCGGCAUUGGAGACGCCAGAAGGCGUAAUGUGAGGUCGAGAACAGGUAGCAUAUUGACUCCAGGUCGACGCGCAAGCGCAGCUGGUGAAUAUUUUCGAGGGGUUGAGGAAAGGGGAGUCACCCAGGUACGCUCGGAGAAUGGCAGAACUGGAGAGGGUGAAGCCAGCUAUACAGGCCGGCGCCGCAACCGAAGCCCAGGACCGCAGUAUGAGUACGAAGUCAUUCACCCGGGAAGAAUCUUUGUUGAUGUGGGUGACGAUGGGCCUGGGCGGCGAGAGCGGAUUGUGCCGACGAGAAGUUACAGCCGCGACCGUGAUAGGGGCAGAUAUCCUGGCACUGAGGGAAGAUGAAGGCGUCAUAUCAGAGCGAGGACGAGGUUUUGCAUCAUCCGUCCACUCGGCAGACUCUGGCGCAGGUUCUUGCCCGACCAUGAUGCCGGUGACGAAGCAAUUAUUCCUUCCUCCAGGCAUUGAAUUCUUCCUCAAGGUGGGCUUUGAGCUGUG